AAUUUUAUUAAAAAGAACUUGAAUACACUGUAUUGUAAAAAAUUCAUUAAAAAAUUAUUCCAGUAAGGUUCUGUUGCUUCCGAUUAGAACAUAAGACUUGGUUGUGUUUUGGACUGUCUCCAUAAGUAAUUUAAAAAGUCAGGAUGGAGAAUUCAAAGAAGAAAAUCGAUGUAACUGAUUUAAAUAAGGAGAUGUGGCUAAUUAAAGUUCCACGGUCGGUUGCGCAGCAAUGGGAAAAGGUUCCAAGUGGAACGGAAGUCAUGACUAUGAAAGUUACUAAAACAGAUAAUGGAAAACAAGAAAAUGCAUUUUAUUUAAAUCCUGAUUUAUUGGAUGGUGUACUUGGUGGUGGAAGUGAAUAUAAAUUACAUCCCACAGAGCUCGUUGACAAAAAGAUUGCAAUUCUUUCCGAAACAGGAAAAGAUAUAAAAAAGAGAUGUAAUGGAUUUCGUGGUGAAAAACUUGUUAUGAAAGGACACGCCAAUACCAAACUUAUAUGUAAGCCAGUAUUUGAUGAAACCUAUAUUAAGUGUAAGAAAAAGGAUAUUAUAACCGCAUACUUGCCAAAGCAAACAACGCAAGUGAUUGAAGUCCCAGUUCCACCUCCUGUAUAUCAAAAACCAAACCGUAAACUUGACCGUAAUAGAAAAUACCGUGCGGAUAAGUAUGAUGUUAUGGAGACAAUAUUUGAAGCAUUUGAGAAACAGCAAUUUUAUUCCUUAAAGGAUUUGGCGAAGAUAACAGCUCAACCUGUCAUUUAUUUAAAGGAAUUACUCAAUGAAGUUUGUGAUUAUAAUUUGAAUCAUCCAAACAAAAACUUAUGGGAAUUAAAAAAGGAGUAUCGGCACUAUACAGAGAUUGAGGAGCUCUCUGAACACGAUUCAGAUUAAUAAUAUUUCUACUGAAUAUAGGAAGUGGUCAUAUCGUUGUCCAUUUCAAUAAUUUUCUAACAUAGUUCAAAAAUUAGAAACUGAAUUCAAAUUAUAUUAACCUAAUUACCUGUGUCUACAGCUUGUUGGACUUUGAAUGUCUGCUUUUAUAUUUGGACUAUUGAAAGGGGGGAUUUGUUGAUCUUAAGUAGAUUAAAGAUUUUAUUGCUCAAUUUUCAGACAUGAA